AUGUUGGGGCAUAUCGCUGGUAUUUGUGAGUCUGGCCAACCUAGUGGACUCACAUGCCCCAAUGGUCGCACUCUUUACUCAUCGGUGAUUUGGGGUCUCGUCGGCCCUCGUCGUCUCUACUCCGUCGGCCAAAUCUACACCCCGUUGUUACAUUUCUUCUGGAUCGGCGCUUUAAUUCCCCUCGUGACCUUCCUGCUUUAUCGUUAUACACGAUGCCGGUUCUGGAAACUCAUCAAUUGGCCCCUUAUCUUCAUCGGCACUGCCAAUGUACCGCCUGCGACUGGUAUCAAUUAUUCUAGCUGGGCCCUCGUUAAUUAUAUCUUCCACAGCUUCAUCAAACGACGCUACUUCGCCUGGUGGACGAAAUACAACUACGUCUUGACAGCUGCACUUGAUACGGGUCUGGCUCUGAGUGGUAUCGUGAUCUUCUUCUGUAUCUCGUACCCCGGAGCUCUUUUCCCCAAAUGGUGGGGAAAUACUGUUUACUUGAAUACUGCUGACGCUGAAGGUGUGGCGUACAUGGCAGUGCCUUCGAUCGGGUACUUCGGGCCUCCUAAUGGCACGUAG